AUUUGUCGUUUCAAGUUUUCCAAAAUCCCUCACCAUACUUCCACUCUCCUGCCGACGCCGCCGUGCCGCUUGCGGCGACUCUCCGUCGCUACCCGGCGUCCCUGCUUGCGAGAGCUUUCUCCAUUUUACUGCCAACUAGCGCCACCUACGCUUUUAUGGGGUGUACAUACUCCAUAGCAGCAUAGCUAUUUCGAUAAGGACAAACUGGAUUUGGCAACCAUUUUGCAAGAGUUUGCCAGUAAUGCAUAACUGAGUAUCAGUUGUGACUGACUUCACUUCUGGGGUUCUCUAGUUGAAAAGUGAGGAAAGUUUUUAGAGAAAAUGGUCUGCAGGUGUGUGGAGUGCGGGUUUCGGGUCAACACCCUCUUCGUGCAAUACUCCCCUGGAAACAUUAGACUUAUGAAAUGUGAAAAUUGCAAAGCAGUUGCAGACGAGUAUAUUGAAUGUGAACUGAUGAUUCUCUUGAUUGACUUGAUUCUGCACAAGCCAAAAGCUUAUAGGCAUUUACUUUACAAUGUACUCAAUCAAGAAACUUCGAAGCAAUUAUUGUGGAAAUCAAUAGCUGGUUUCCUACUUCUGGAUUCUUACAGAAGUCUGCUUUUGAGAAGCGAGGAAGAAUCAUGUUCAUCUGUGGGAUUUUUUUUCUUUGUUUCAGCAUGUAGAAAGGUUUUGAUGGAUGUCUUUUUUGGAAACUUUAUAUUUUUUUGCAUUCUUGUUCUUGCAAUGAGGAUUUUGCUAAAGAAAUCCAAUGGAGUUUCCAGGUUCAGGGACCUCGUGCUAGGAAUCUUAAUAUCAAGUUACUUCAAGAUCUUUCUAAUCGCCAUGAUGGUGUGGGAAUUUCCAACGUCUGUAAUUUUUAUAGUUGACUUAUUUGUCCUAUCAUCAAAUGCAGUGGCACUAAAAGUGAUGACAGAGUUAGCCAUGAAUAUAUGCUUAGGGGUCUGCUUCAGUGCUCAUGCUAUAAAGUUUUUGAUCACUCAGGCACCAGAGUUUAAUGUCGUCAAGUUACUGAAAUCUAUUGAUACCUAAUUUUUUUUGCAUAGAAAUCAUUCUGAUGUUUAUGUUAUGUGAGUUUUGAGCUGCAGUGACAGUUCUUGGGCAGUCAAAGUUUUACGUACAUACCAAAUUGCAAAUGUGUUCAUCAGUCAGAGCUGGAGCAGCCAAUGUUGUAAAACCUAGUUACUGUCAUGGCAUGGUAAUUUACCUGCUAAAUUUGUGACGACUGAACUUUCUCUUGUCAACUCUCCAACUUAUUAUAAUCCCAUUUUUUCUUUUGGUUGCCGUUGA